GUCUGGAACAGGAGAUACACGUUGAACAGUUGUCGUCGUACACAAAACUGUUUCACUGUCUCUUGUGUGAUUAACUUCUCAGCAACUCAUUAAUUUGGUCGAGAUGGAAGUCUUGAAAGGAAUAGACUAUGCUGAAAUGCACUGGAGACGCAGGGCUCAGCAGUAAAUUGAGAAGCCGCAUAGUGGCUUCCCCCUCAGGCCACUGCGACACUGCAGCAUUGUAGACAUCAAUCAGGCUGAGCCACAGCACUGGAUGACAUGCCUUCCAUGACUCAAACUACAAGGAGCUGAGUUUUGAAUUCACAAGACUUCCUGAAAUACAUUCUAUGGAGGUCAAAGGUCACCUGAUCACUGCCAUGGGCUUAGGGGCUCCAGAUGUCCAGGGCUGUCAGGACGGCAAGCUGCAAACCGAGCGAAUCUCAGAGCUGCAGGAACGAAAACAGAGUCUGCAGAGCCUUUUAAACAGUCGUCUCGGAGAGCUUCGACAAGUGUGUCUUCAGGAGGCGGAACUCACAGGAAAGCUUCCAAGUGAUUUUCCUUUAGAGGCAGGGGAAAGACCUCCAUUUGUUCAACGCCGUGCUGGCCUGGCCCCUCAUGUUACCUCAAGAGAAGAGGAUGAUCCAGGACAGCGAAGGCAGAUGAAGGCUCUCUUCAGUGGCGCUUUGCGCCGGAGCAUAGAUUCUGAUAAAAACAUAUUGCACAGUAAGAGGACUGUUCAUCGGGGAUGCCACACAGAGGAAAAUGUGAAGUCCGAAAGCAGUUCGAUGUCAGACUCAACAUCUCACGACAACGAGGAUUCAACACCCAGUGUUGCACCUGAGCAUCGCUCCUUGUCUCACCCCAGGCUGGCUGCAGGCAGUCCUGACAGCAGGCUCUGUAGAAAGCUGUCCCCUGUGGAGAUCUACUAUGAAAUGAGGACUCGACGCAACUCUGCCUCAAGCUCUGUGAGACCUGAGAUUUCUGGUGGUUUUACACUAAAGCAGUGGUGUGGCAGUCCAGAUGUCCCUCAGUUUGUACCUCUCGUCCCUUUGGAGGGCUCCUCCUCUGAGCGUCGCAGCUGCCCCUACAGCUCCCGGGCUCGCCGUAGCAACAGCUCAGAAGCACUGCUUGACCGCUCUAAUAUCCCCGAGCCUGGCCCUCCCCACAACGGUAUGCCAUAUCGAGCUGGACCGUACAAGAGCUCAGAGUCCCUCACAGAUGGGAAGCUCCGUCAGAUCUAUCAAGGCAGCCCAGAGAGACAGAUGAUGGGAUUUAAAGAACAGGGUCGAAUGCGCUCCUCUCUUGGUGGCCAAAGCAGUGGCAUGGGUUACAAUGAAAUUUUGAUGGACUACAUUUGGGGCAAACAGCAAAAGAGGCCAGUGCAGAACCAGUCAACAGGACGAAUCUGGCCGGAUUUCUCCAGUCCUCCAUCAGGCACUCCUCCACACUACAAUGGUUUCUCACACUCGCAGUUGCAUCUGGCUGCUGCCCCACCUUCCUAUAGCCCCAUGCUGUUGCAGGGCCAAGAGGCCGAACACCGUCGGGUCAAAGUGACUCGAACGAAAUCCUGUGGCCCCUUCAUACCACUGCAGCAGCACCCACAGGAUGCUGUGUUGUUCUCGGCUUAUGAUCCUUUGCUCACCUCCUCUGGGUCCACCACCUCUUCGAUUCCCAACCUGCUGCCCCAUCAUACAGAGCUGUCUGCUGGUGCAGCUUUCGGGCGCAGACCUCCUCAAUUUUCUCUGGCUACCCCUGAGGACUCUACGCGGAGUCUGCACAAGGCACUGGCUCUGGAGGGACUCCGUGACUGGUAUCUGAGGAACGCCUUGGGCUAUUCCACUACGGCCAAAGGUCAUGAUGGACUUGGUAUGCGCCAUUCACAUACUCACCACCUGGUGCACCAGCCUCAAUCCAUUCCAGCCGACCCACUGUAUUCACACCGUCAAAUACCUCAGUCAGCUUCAUUCCAUGGGCAUCCCUUGCAUGCCAGGUCUGUGGAGCUCUCUCUCUACCCAGAGCCUUUCCCCUCAGAGGGGAGCACUCAAAAAGAGUCAGGCUCUGAGCCCCCUUCACCUGGAACGCUAGUCUGACUGGCAGCCAACAUACCCCAUGGUCUCCAUGAUCCAAAACGAUACCUUGUUCUAGGGAUGCACUGGUCUGGGACUGCUGGUGUACUCAUACUUGUUAAAAUGCUCCGAUACAAAAUCCGAUUCCACGCAUUGCAUAUGCAUCAUUUGUAGCAUAAACUGUGCCACAUGGGCAGCAAAACAAGAAGUGGAUUGGCGAUAUUUCAAGAUUAACAACAUCUAUGAUAAAUUCAGUUGAAAUGCUUGUAAAUGCAUGGGUGCGCAGAGCACAUCAAGAAUGCCCACAGAUGAGCAAGUGUACCAAGCACACUCUCCUUUAAUGUCCUAAGAGUUCAUUACAAUAUUAAACAUUCUACCCUCAAAUCACCAGUCUGAAAAUGGUAUCAGUGCAUCUCUACCUUGAUCAGCAGUUAAGGAAGCAUCUUGAAACAACAUAACUGAAAUAGAGUAAUCAAGUGUCAUAGAUUUAGAGUUGCACUUGAUGGUAAACCAUUGUAUCAGGAGCCUUUCUUUUUUCAUUCUCUAUUAAUGGGAUGUUGUUGUAUCGUAGAGCUACAUUUUCAUAUAAAGUUCAUCUUUGCUUUAUCUUGGUAUAUAUAAUUUUUUUAUUUUUUUUUGCAGAGAAUAAAAUAGAUUAUAAGAUGUAUGUAUUCUAAAUUACUAUUUUGUAACUAAUAUGGUUCAGGUGAACAGUCAUUUAAUGAUAUACAAGUCUACUCAGAGUUUAACAAACUCAUGCAUUUUAAUGUACUAUAACAGCAGUGAAUGUGUUGCAUACCUGUUUGUUUAUAUAUGUAUAUCUAUAUGUAGCUAUGAAUAAUAUGACAAAGUAAUUUAAUAUAGAGGGCUUUGAAGUGAGGGGGAGUUUUCACUUAUGAUUUCUGACAUCUCUGACUUGCAAAAAAGCUUAUGCCUGCUAUGGAAAUCUCUGAAAUUAUCUUUAAAGCUCUAUUUGCCCACAGUCAUUGAAUCAUCAAUUUCCAUUAAUCUUGAAAAGGACUGUCGACUUUGGUACUUACUUAAUAUCCAGAACUACAUGCAUGGCAAGAUUUUAAAAUGAAACCAAGCAUCCCAAUGAACAACUUCACACAAAAUCCGAAAUAUCAUAUUGUGACGAUUCACGGUUUUGUAAUUUGUAUUCGUAUUUUAAAAAAAAUAAUAAUUUUGAUGCCAAAAUAUUAAUAUAGGUGUUCGAACAAUUUUAAGAGAAUGACAAAUAUUCAGCAUCAGAUUCUGUGUUAACAGUUUUGGUGCUAAACAUUGUUUGCAGAUAUAUUUUAUUCUUGAGUGUCGUUUAGUCACAGGCCAUAUUUUAGUUUGGAACCUAAAAUCAUCUUUUUUUUUUUUUUUUUUUUUUUGUAAGUAUGCGGUUAUGGUGGAGGAAAACGCCAUUCUAGUGUAGAUAAGAGGCGUAAAUGUAGCAAAAUCAAUGAGUUUUCAAAAAAAAUUAUGUAUUAGUGUUUAUUUGGCCAUGUUGGAUUUGGAAACCCCUUUAAUAGAAUAUAACUCUAGAUUAUUCAGCCAAUUCUAGCUAAACAUCUUCUGUAGUUUACAUGUUGAGAUGUGGCAUAAGCUGGCCUUAUGUCAGCACUCUUUGGGGGGCAAUAUACCUUAUGAUUGUCUCAACCAAUUAACCAGAGUAGUCAUACUGUUUACGUAUUAGUGCAGUAACUUUGCAGGUCCUUUUGUUACAGUUUCUGACUUUGUUUUUCUUUGGACUGUUCCUCCUGAAACUCAGUAUAUUGAUUCUAUAAAUUCUGGACUAACUACACAUGACUGGCUAAUAUUAAAGGUUGUUAUUACCAUUUAGAUGCAGAGUUUCUGAAUAUUGCCUUUGAGUGGCAGUACAAUUCGGUGUCCACCUUACAGCUCUAUUAGAUACAAGAAUGUAUAGGUUACUCUUUAACUGAAUACUGUGGUAGAUGAAUGACUUGACUAAGAUGGUACUGGGUAAUGAGACUUGAAAUAGAUUAUACUAAUUCAUGUGUAAUUGCUAAUCAUCAUCUUGCAGGUCUCCAGCAGGUUAUCUGAAACUCAUGACCAAACAGCUGUGCAUUGCUAGUCUCUUUUAGUGUAUUUUGAUUACAUAAAUGUCUGUAACUGUAAUGAAUUAUACAAAAUGAAUACUAUAUGUAGCAACAUGAAUAAAUCAAUAUAUAUUGUAUAUUUAUGAACUGAUUAGAUUUUGUAAACAUAUUUAUUUGUAUAUUACAUGCCUCUGUUUACACCAGCAAAAAAGGGACUAGAAAGUUUUCAUCUUCAUGAAUUACAUCCCAUUUUGGCUUUAAACUGUGCUAUCCUUUCAGCUUUAAGAAUCCGAAAUGUAUUGCUUGGAGAUUUUUUUUCCAUAGUUUAUUUUUUAUUAUUGUUUUCAUAUCACCCAUUCUUGUUGGGGACAACAUUCAUAAUAAAGUUUGUCAUAGAGUCUCAAUGAUUUUCUUCAAGCUUUGAUAUAAAAACCUAUCCAAUACAGAACAUACGAGAACAUAUGCAUGUUAAACUGAAAAUCUUUUUUACUAAAGCUUAUGUUACAUUUCUUAUCACAACUAAAUGAUGUGAUUUCCAUAGAGUGUCAGACCUGUUCUAGUUUAAUGGCUUUUCACAAUGCCAUAUUGUAAGAUCAAACUUGGAAUAAAAA